AUGGACGAUUUUUCAACAGAAAACAAACCAAGUUCUGCACUGGAGAAUGAUUCUAGUGAAAAUUACAGUACUUCAGCUUGUAAACAUGAAUCUGACGAAACACUCGAUGAUACAUCAAUUAACAAAAUCGAUACUUUCGAUGACCUGAAUCUAUGUGAAUCACUCUUACGUGGUAUUUAUGCGUAUGGUUUUGAACAACCAUCACGUGUUCAACAAUGUGCUAUGAAACCGUGUAAUAUGGGACGCGAUGUGAUUGUCCAAGCGCAGUCAGGCACAGGAAAAACUGCUUCGUGUGUGAUAGCUGUUUUAAAACAAAUUGAUCUAAGUAUCGAAGAUUGUCAAGCAUUAGUUUUAGUACCAGCAUGGGAGUUAGCUGAAAGUAUGCGACGUCUAUUCUCAUCAAUUGGUGAAUAUAUGAAUAUUACUUGCCACGCUUGUAUCGGUGGUACUGGUAGUAUACGUGAUGAUUUGAGUCGUUUGGAAGCAGGUGUUCAAGUUGUAAUUGGAACACCCGGACGAGUGAAUGACGCGUUGAAUCGAUCAAAACUUCGUAGUGAUAAUAUUAAGAUGCUUAUCUUGGAUGAAGGGGAUGAGUUGGUAUCGCGUGGUUUUGAAGAUCAAAUUUAUGAUGUGUUACAAAAACUGCCAUCGAACAUUCAAAUGGUCAUUUUCACUGCUACUAUACCAUGUGAACUGGAGAAAAUUAUCACUAAGUUUAUGACAAAUCCUGUUCGAAUUCUUAUCGAAUCGAAUAAUUUUACUCUUGAUCAUGCUCGUCAAUUUUAUGUUAACAUUGAACGUGAGCAUGACAAUAUGAGUCAACAAGAGCGUGAUACAUAUCUGAAGAAAUUUCAAACACGAUCGAGUCGCUUAUUGAUUGCCACAGAUCCAUUUGCUCGCACUAUUUUUCCAUAUGCUGAGCUUUUUAUUAAUUAUGACUUACCAAGGAGUAUGGAAGCUUAUAUCAAUCGAAUUGGACACGGUGGUGCGUAUGGUCGAACAGCUACAGCUAUUAAUUUUAUCAACGAUAGUGAACGACAACAGUUACAUGAUAUAGAACAAUUUUAUAAUAUACACAUAAAAGAAUUGCCUACAGAUAUUGCUGAGCUCUUUUAG